AUGUCGGCGACUUUACUAGAGGUGACUCGCGCGUAUCACGAGCAAGUCGAACGCCUCGAGCGAACAAUCGUCGAGGAAUAUCUCCAAAACGAACCUACUUGUAACAGAGACCGUCUUCACCAGAGCCACCGCGUUCGCAGUAUGAUCGAUCAAAUCUCCGCCACGACUUACAAACUCAUUGAGAUUUAUCAAGAUGACGACAAUGCCAGGAAAGAUGAGAUUGCGGCUCUCGAAUGCCAGAUGGAUAACGAACAUAACCUGUUUUACGAUCUAUUGAAAGAGAUUCGGGAGUAUCAUAGGCGUCAUCGUGUUGUUGAUCAUGCAACUGAUGAAAUUGAGCCAAUGCUCGAGGUAAUUUACUUCAGUGGCGAGGAAGGUUCUGGUCGUUAUCUAGAUCUGCACCAACUUUACAACGAUUACAUUAAUUCUAAAUUUGGAGAGCCCGUUGAGUACUCCGCCUACCUUGAAGUGUUUCCACAAGCUCAUCGGAAAAUACCUCGCAAAUUGAAGCUUACAAGGCAAUACAAGGAGUAUCUGAGCAAGCUGCUGGAGUAUCUCAUAGGUUUCUUUCAACGGACAGAACCCUUGCAAGACCUGGAAACCAUUUUCUCAAAGGUUAAAACGGAGUUGGAGGAGAACAACAACGGACAUGAUCCUUCUCGACACACUGCCAUUGAUCUUGAUGACUACAGCACAGUUGAAGAGCUCAUCGAGGCGGGACCUGAGCGGUUAAAGGAGGGUUUGGCAGCACUAGGACUAAAGACUGGUGGUACUAUUCUUGAGCGUGCAGAGAGGCUUUUCCUUACCAAGAAUACACCUCUCAAAAAUUUGGAUAAAAAGCAUUUUCUGAAAGGAGAACAAGAAAUUGCCUUGAUGGAAGCUAAGAUGGAAAAGCUAUGCGAUCUGUUACAUAAGACAAUAGUACGUACAAAAGAAAAUGUUGAGAAGAAGCAGGCUUUAACAUACCGAGAGAUGGAAGUAGAACGAUCAGAAGAUGAUGAGGUACAAGCCGACACUGAAAGUGAUGACGAUGAGCAGAAAAUUUAUAAUAAUCCUUUGAAGUUGCCAAUGGGUUGGGAUGGGAAGCCUAUACCAUACUGGUUGUACAAGCUUCAUGGUCUGGGUCAGGAGUUUAAAUGUGAGAUAUGUGGGAACCAGAGUUACCGGGGCCGUAGAGCCUAUGAGCGUCACUUUAAGGAAUGGAGGCAUCAGCACGGAAUGCGUUGCCUUGGCAUUCCUAAUACCAAGAAUUUCAAUGAAAUCACAUCGAUUGAGGAAGCGAAACAAUUAUGGGACCGUAUACAAGAGCGUCAAGAAGUGAACAAGUGGCGUCCGGACCUUGAAGAGGAGUAUGAAGACCAAGAGGGAAAUAUCUAUAGUAAGAAAACAUACACCGAUCUGCAGCGACAGGGGUUGAUAUAGGCUAGCUAUCAACACUCGGUUCC